AUAAAAAACCUUGUUUUCCUCAUCCAUGGCUGACAACCAUUACUCUAAUUUCUUCUCAGGCUGGUUCAAGUUCAACCCUCUUGAUCAACAUUAUCCAUCUCCAAUUCAUCCUCUACAAAAGCCUAAUCCCCAUCCCCAAAACUCCCAUAAAAACGGAACCAACAAUCUUAACCCUUUUCUCCAUUAUCGAACCACCUAUUCAUCACCCCCUCCUUCCCCACCUGUUAGAGAAGCCUUACCAUUGUUAAGCUUAAGUCCAACAAGGCAUUACAAAGACGAAGACGGUGUAUACCAAGAUCAAGAUCAAGAGCAACACUCAUGCACUGCCAUGGAUGUAAAUGGUGAAGAUGAUGAUGAAACUGUUACUGUUACUGUUGCACUUCAUAUAGGGUUACCAAGCGCUAGUGCUUCAGAGUUAGCUUCAGUUUUAUCAGCUUCUUCAGAGAUGACUGAACAAGACGAUGAAUACCCAAUUAAUAGACUCAAAAAACGACAGUAUUGGAUCCCUACCCCUUCUCAAAUUCUAAUUGGUCCUUCACAAUUCUCUUGUCCCGUUUGCUGCAAAACUUUCAAUCGAUACAACAACAUGCAGAUGCAUAUGUGGGCGCAUGGAUCUCAAUAUAGGAAAGGGACAGAAUCACUAAGAGGAACUCAGCCAACAGCAAUGCUAAGGCUGCCAUGCUAUUGCUGUGCACCAGGUUGUAGGAACAACAUAGACCAUCCAAGGCCAAAACCACUGAAAGAUUUCAGAACAUUGCAAACACAUUACAAGAGGAAGCAUGGGAUCAAGCCAUUUAUGUGCAGGAAAUGUGGGAAGGCCUUUGCUGUAAGAGGGGAUUGGAGAACUCAUGAGAAGAACUGUGGGAAGCUUUGGUAUUGCAUUUGUGGCUCAGAUUUCAAGCACAAAAGAUCUUUGAAAGAUCACAUUAAAGCUUUUGGGGAUGGACAUCAAGUUUAUGCCACUGAUGACUUGGAAGAAGAUGAUGAUGAGCCUGCAUCUGAAGUUGAACAACAUAAUGGAUCCUUGCACUGAUUCAAUAAUUGGAAACCAAUAUAUAUAUAUAUAUAUAUAUCAAAUCAAUUAUGGUUGGUGGAUGAAAAUAUGUGGAUAUUAGGUAUGGGUUUUCCUUUCCAAUAACUUUAUGGCUAAAUUA